AUGCCCCACUAUUCUCCCCACGUCGGCCACUGGGGCAAUCGCUUCCAGUCGCUGCCGCUGUCGUCUCCUUCGUCGUCCCCCGUUACUCAGACCCCACCCGUAAAUGUCGGCGACGCAGAAUCGGACGCGUCGUCCGGUAGGGAGGGUGAACAGAGCUGCAACAAUCCAACUAUAUUUGUUGGAAGUCUGCCGACGAACAUGGAUGAGAAGGAGCUUCGUUUCUCGUUACAGGUACAUCUGACCCAGUAUGCAAAGGUCAUGUAUGUCAAGAUCCACCACGGCAAAGACGGCGGCAUCUGUGCCUUCGUUCAAUUUGAGAACGUGGACUCUGCCGCUGUAUUCCUUGACACUCUCAGGGCUAAUUCCCAGAGGCUCUUCCUGGGCCGUCGUCUGCGCUUUGAGCUUGCUCAUGCACACAGGACCCUACUCGUUUCCUAUAGGGUUCCUAAUAUGCAAGACACCGUGUCCGUAUCGAGCGAAUCUCACGACCUUCCUUUCUCAAUGACGAUCCGCAAAAACGCAAGCCUUCCUGUUGUGUUCAAUGAAAUCGCAUCGGAAGAAUCUACACACGGCGUCUCAGGGUUGUACUUCCAGCCCGUCAUCUGUACCGCGGAGGUUAUUCACCAAUUAGCGACCCACUUUGGACCGUUAGAACGCCUUGAGUUGUACAAACAGGCGCCUUCUGAUCAUGGAGUCGACAGCGAAAGGACUUACCCCCCUCCUCACGAUGCACCUCGUCUCCCAACCAUGGACCCGAGGUGCUGGGAGAUCAAGUUCCAAAGCCGAAGCGAUUGCGUUACUGCCUUAAAUGCCCUCUUGACGAUACCUUUCAUAACAGUCACAUGGGCGCAUCACCGUGCUCAGCAAUCCGACCCCUUGCGAAACGCCGUCCUGGGGAGACUUCACAAUGACGAUCAGCCCUCUGACGGUAUCAAGGGUGAUACUUCCCCCUCUCCUUCUAAGAGGGAGGAAAGCUUUGACUGGAGCACGGAUGAACCUAGCGAAGGUCAUAUUUUCAGCGCAAACAGGUUGAACCUCGAAGACGACGAAAGCACCCCUCGUGCAGUCAUCGCUCCCCUAGUUUCCUCGUUGCCCCAGGUUCAAGGCGCCAAGAAUGACACACCUAACGGUGUGGGGACGUCGCCUGUGUCUCCAAACGAUUCUGAGUUUCCAUCAACACCAUCUAACGCAGAGUCGCUCCUCGGCUUCCCGGAUUGGCAUAACAAUAACCCUCGCAUGGGUUGCGGCUUUGAAGAUGGUUUCUUGCAGAGAGAAUUUGACAGGUCCGCGUUGUAUAUCCCAAACAUACUGGUUCAUGGACCCGAAGCAUGGACGGAAUACAAACUCGAAGACUACUUUUCUACCUUCGGUAGGAUUAAGGAUGUGAAAGUCAUAAGGCCUCCGAAUGCCCCGACUGGGUAUGCUAUAGUAUCCUUCGAGAACAUCGAAUCGGCAGCGUAUGCGAAGAACAAACAAGAAAGAUUCGGCCGUAUUCAAUACCGCCAUGUCAGUCGAGGUGGCAGAGGCAGAGGCAGAGGCGGGAGGGGGGUUCGAGCUUAUAUGAACAACUACCGUCGCUUUGAUGGUUACAGGCGAGACGACCGAGACCCUUCAGCACCACCUCACGACUUCGGGGGCGUCCAAUGCGUGGCCAGCGACGCUCUCCUUCCUAACAUCGCUGCUCUCAGCAUCACCGCCGACGCUGAACCCCCUCUCGACGCAAGUCUGAACGUGGAGGUAGACGUCCAUCGCGAACCCCGCGGCGGCUGUUCUCCAGGCCAGCAGAAGCCAGAUUCCCCCAAGAAGCUUGCAUCGACCGAAGGCGAAGGGGUUGACAAUGUCACCCCUGGCGCUUUACCUCCAUUCCAGCCGUCGGUCCCCACCGCCCCGUCAAUGCCUACCAUCCCCGGCGCCCACCCGUACUCAAUGCCCGCUCCAUACUUCCAUCCAGGACCUUGGGGAGUACCCCAGAUGCAUCAUAUGCAGUAUGGCAUGCCGUACUAUUCUGGAUACCAUAUGGUCCCCCAAGGCCCUGCUGGACCACAUUCGGAUGCCAACUCCUCUCCCUUUCCGACUCCUUACUGGCCUGGGAUGUACGGCCCAUUCGUUUCCCACCCAACCUACUCUCAACAACGCGACCACACGGACGCUGGGCAGCCUGUUUAUCCAUCUCCUCCUGUGCCUGCCAUCGGCCACUUUCAAGACGAACAUCGGGGGCUAAUCCCGUAUUACCCUCAAGAAGCGUUGAGUCAAUACAUGACUCAACAUUCUCCUGAUGAACAAGCCUCCUCCAACAGCGAAGGAGGUCGGCAGCCUUGCCCGUCUCCGGCGCAAGCUAUCCCCGGCCACGCACCAGCUCGACACCCCGCGCCAUGGGUCCACUUCGCCCCCAUGGCGCCGUACCCAUAUCAAGCCUUUGCACCCCAGCAAGGUCGAAGACCGUGGGCUCCUCCCGUGGCAGGUGGCCAACGCAGAGAUGCCGGUAUGAACUACAACAAGAAUGGGCGGUCUCCUCUUCAGAACAGGUAUCGGGGUAACGGUAACAUGGGAGAGUCUGCUCUGGCUGGGGAGUGGAACUGUUUCUCUUCAAAUUAA